AUGACUGCAGGAGGGGAUUUUGAAGAUCCGGGUAUCAACGUGUGUCAGGUGGGGAAAGGGCGACAGAAGUUUAAGUUCCUCCUCUCGCACGGGGUGAAUGAUAACACUGCCUUGCAAGGAGUGGAUGCCUGGCCAGUUUUGGAAGCCAUUAAACACAUUAUUGAAACAAGAUGUCAGAAAUGGCCAACUGGAAUUGUGUUGAUUUAUGUAACUUUCAAGAGUUGGGGUCACAACUCUUGGUCAUCUCUGACACAGCAGCUGGGAAAUGAAAUGGAAACUCACAAACAGGUUCAAUUCAUAAACACAAAUAAAUCCACCAGUAAUCAGAUUAUCCUCUUGGCUUCAGCAUACCAGCAGAGGGUCAUCGCACUGAACAGAGAAAUUGAGAGAAAAAAACAGGAGAUCCGGAGACUGAAAGAACUGAUUGCUGACAGACACGCUGAGCUCCUGUCUGCGCAUCAUCCUGUGACAAUGCCUUCAAAACAGUUAAUGUCAACUUGGCUUGAAGUGCAAGAUGUAAAGACUACCUUGACUGAGCUACAAACAAUGUGCAAAGAAGAAGCAGCUCAGAAAGUCAGGCUGUGCAAACAAAUACAACACCUGAAUCAGCAGCUGGAGCUACAGAGUGAGCAGCAGAGCAAGGAUUUACAAUUCAUGAGUAAAAGAAUUGAAAGGUCAAAGGUUUUGGUGCAGCAGUUUGAUGACCGAGUUGGAAGAGGUUACGAUGAAGCAGCUUUGAAAAACGUGCUGGAAUUGUUGAAGGAGACAAGUGAAUUUGAACAGAAGAUGUUUCAGGAGAGCAUGGCGCAGGUUUAUGACCAAAAUGUGGCAACUUUAAUUGCACUGCAGAGCAGUGAUCAAAUCCUGUUGGAACACGAGAUGUCUGAAAACCAACAGCUUCACCAGUGCAUCGGUCUUCUCAGAGAAGAAAUAACUGCUCUGCGCAGUAAGUUACCCAGCAACAGUGCCGAGCCCUGCCUCCUUGUCUCCUUAGAAACUGCUGACAACAAAGUGUGGAGCUACAGUGGUUUUACAGAAACAACCGAGGAAGUAAACAGUUCAAACAAUCGCAAGACUGGGAUGACAGCUACCAAACAAAGUCAGAUGCAGCUGACGAAGGAGCGGCACUCCGAAAGCUUGUGA